CAUCUGCCGUUAUAGCAGAUGAACAUUGCUCGAAGUAAACGGGUUUAGCGGUUAUUGUGAGUGUCAUCAUCAUACUUUAUUACGUGUCCACUGAUUUCUGAUCCGUCCGGUGUUUCUGCUACGUUGAUUGUAUUUUGCGAAUCUAUGGAAUGUUUGGAUUACCAGAUAUCUUUGAAUUCCUGUUUGUAUUAGCAUAAGGCGCCUAGUGCGCCUCCCGUCACGAUGAACAUGUGUCGGGUUCGACUAUUAUUCUACUUUUUGGCUUUUAGCCUACUCCCUUUUGCCUAUCCUGACGAGCAUAAUCACAUUUAUGAAGAUAAUGAUGAAGUUGUACUAUGGAUGAGUACAGUUGGACCAUAUCACAAUCGUCAAGAAACCUAUUCGUAUUAUUCGUUACCAUUUUGCAUGGGCACAAAGGAUGUCAUUAAUCAUUACCAUGAAACGUUUUCUGAAGCAUUACAAGGCAUUGAACUUAAGUUUAGUGGUUUGGAAAUUGAAUACAAAGCUGAUGUUGCAAAAGUGGAAUAUUGUCAGAUAAAACUAACUGAAGAAAGUGAGAAAGCUUUUAUAUAUGCAGUUAAGAAUCAAUAUUGGUAUAAGAUGUAUAUGGAUGAUUUACCAAUAUGGGGAGUCGUGGGAGACAUAGAAGAAAAUAAUGUAGCUGUUUCUUAUUAUAUUUGGACACACAAGAAAUUUGAUAUAGGAUAUAAUGGAAAACAGAUAGUUGACGUAAAUUUAACCAGUGAAAAUAAGGUGAAAUUAGUCCAAGGAGCAGCCAUUUCUUUCAGUUAUGAAGUUAAUUGGAGAAAGAGUAAUAUUAAAUUUGAAGAUAGAUUUGAUAAAUAUUUAGAUCCCAACUUUUUCCAGCAUAGAAUUCAUUGGUUCAGCAUCUUUAAUAGUUUUAUGAUGGUAAUUUUUCUUGUUGGACUUGUCUCGAUGAUUUUGAUGCGUACUUUGAGAAAGGAUUAUGCUAGAUACAGCAGAGAUGAAGAAAUGGAUGAUAUGGAACGUGAUUUAGGGGAUGAAUAUGGAUGGAAACAAGUUCAUGGGGAUGUAUUUAGGCCAGCUAGUCAUGCAAUGCUUUUUUCAGCUCUUAUAGGCGCAGGUUAUCAGGUGACAGUGGUUGUUCUCAGUGUCAUCAUUUUUGCUAUUCUUGGAGAGCUUUAUACAGAAAGAGGAUCCAUGUUAUCAACAGCAAUUUUUGUAUAUGCUGCUACAUCACCUAUAAAUGGUUAUGCUGGUGGAGGUUUAUAUGCACGAAUGGGCGGACGCAUUUGGAUUAAACAAAUGAUUCUUAGUGCCUUUAUGUUACCUAUUAUUGUUUGCGGCACUGCAUUUUUCAUUAAUUUUAUUGCAAUGUAUUACCAUGCUAGCCGUGCUAUACCAUUUGGUUCUAUGGUGGCAGUCACUUGUAUUUGCAUAUUUGUUAUAUUGCCAUUAACGUUAGUUGGAACCAUUUUAGGCCGCAAUUUAGCCGGAACACCGGACGCACCAUGUAGAGUCAACGCAGUACCUCGACCUAUUCCCGAAAAAAAAUGGUUUAUGGAACCAUUAGUUAUUAUAAUGCUUGGUGGUAUCCUGCCUUUUGGAUCAAUAUUCAUCGAAAUGUACUUCAUUUUUACCUCAUUUUGGGCAUACAAAAUUUACUAUGUGUACGGAUUUAUGUUAUUAGUAUUCGUUAUUCUAAUGAUAGUAACUGUUUGCGUUACUAUCGUGUGUACAUACUUCCUGCUAAACGCCGAAGACUAUCGAUGGCAGUGGACAAGUUUCUUAGCGGCAGCUUCAACUGCUGCCUACGUCUAUAUAUAUUCCUUUUAUUAUUUCUUCUUUAAAACGAAAAUGUACGGUCUUUUCCAGACAGCAUUUUACUUUGGAUACAUGGCAUUGUUCAGCCUUGCUUUGGGUAUAAUGUGUGGAACAGUCGGUUAUGUUGGAACUAACGCGUUUGUACGAAAGAUCUAUUCCACCGUCAAAAUAGACUAAAGCACAAUUUUAGUGUAAUGUCUACACCGUGGAUUAAAGUAAGAACAUUCAAAGUGAUAUCCACUGGUCUUCGUGAAGUACAGUUUGAUCAUUCUGAUAGUUUAAAUUAUUUGCCUUUAUCAUAAUGCGCAAAUGCAGCUUGUAAAAAACUUCCUAAAUUAACAUCGAUCAGUUAUUGCUAUCAAUAACGUGAAUACUUAAUAUUAUGAGUUUCGAAACUUUCCAACAAAUGUUUUAUUAUUAUAUAUAUUAUUGUAAUGUCGCAAUAACAUUUUCAUUUUAAGUAAGAGAUUGAUUUAUCUGCGGCAGUUGAAUUUUUGAAGUGGGGUCCUAUGACGGACAGUAUACAUUUAUUUAUAUGUACUGUUCGUGUACUAUUUCUCUAGAGUCACAGUUCCAUAUUACUUGAAAUGCAAACUCCAAUGAGAGUAACUUUAAAAUUACUAUUUUACUCGUAACAACUGACUAUGUAAUGUUGCUCAAUUUCACUAAAUUUUGCUAGAAACUCGCAGAUCUUAUUUUAAUUUUCCAGCUUACAGAUGAAAGGAUUAUAACAACUUCUGUAAGUUAAGUAACUAUUUUGAAAACGUUACCUCAUAAAACAUUUGUUGUGAUUCUUGUGCAUCGUACAAAUAUAUGCCAGAAAUUUCUUUUAAAACGUACAUUAAUGAUGAUAAAUAUCUAAAUUUUGUAUCAAAAUAUAAACAUUGUAAAACAUUAGAUAAUAUCAUUGAUUGCAAUUUCAUAAGUAUAAGCCAAAAUUGGAGAAACAGAAAAGAAUGCAAAUUAUUACAUGUAAGUUGUACAGUAUAAAUUUUCAAUACAGUUUAUGCUAAAUGUACACAAUGUUUCAGUUAACACAGAGUAUUGUUUUAACUACGUGACUCUGAAUUAAAAUGUUGUUCAGACAGAUUAUCAACGAUUCAAUUAACGUUAAUUUACAUUUAGAUAAAGUAGUUGAUACAGUAAAUUGUGAACAUAAGAAAUUUUUUUAUCAAGGACUUCAUACCAUGUAUCACAAUAUUUUGUUUGUGUGAAUAUCCUUUACUAUAAAUUGUGAAUAUAUUGAUAAUAUGUAAAGUAUCGUAAGUAUAGAAUUGGAGAUAAAUGAUCUUUUUAAUCGCGAUCCUCCAUAAACAGCAAAAUAUCCAUGUAUCUUAUCGCUGUUCAAAAAAAAACAACAAAACAAAGGGGAUUGGCAUUUGAAAAUCACAGCAAAAGUAUUUGACCUAAUGAUAUAUUGUCAAAAAUCAAGUAUUAGUGAGGACAUUUGAGUGAAUAUAUGAUUUAUUGUUAGACGUAGUAAUUCUAAGAAAUAUAAAAUUUCUACAUAUAACAAA